AUGGACUGGAGGCUGGCGCUCUUGUGGACUUCGAUGGCCUGCGCCUUCGCUCGUGCGGGCGCCAUCGAAGACAAGUGCGGAGCGUGCCGAGUCGUGGCGGGUGAGCUGCAAGCCCGGAUGGAUGAGGAGGGCCCCCGAAAUUCUGUGGAUCUGAGGCACAGGCUGGACUCGGACGGGAACAGAUAUGGAAAGGUGAUAGAGUACAGGUUCAGCGAGCUCAGGAUGGUGGAGUUGCUGGAAGACUUGUGCGGAAGAAUGAAUUUGUACACUUGGGGCUAUGCCAAUAUCAAUGAAGGGGGCACUCUUCGACAGGGUUGGGCAUUGAAGGAGCAGGCGCAGGCCAUCUCGUUUGGCAUGUCCGAUGCUGAGGGUGCAGUGAAACAAAAGGAGCUGCUGUCCUACUGUGGGAGGCUCAUCGAGGAGCAUGAAGACGAUUUGGUCGAGGCCAUUCGCACAGAGUCGUUUGAUGAGGACACAGGUUUGAAAGACCUACUUUGUGUCAAGCUCGCCGGUGCGUGUGAGACAAGAUCAAAGGAAGCGCCACCUGCACCAGACGAGUUGUAG